UUUCUGCUCCAACGUAUUCCCCUCUCUCUCUCUCUCACUCACUCUCAUUGCAACUGCGUUACUGCAAUAUAUACAUACAUACACGCAGGUAUAUAUAUAUUUAUAUAGAUAUGGCUGCAGCAGCGUCGAAUGGUGGUUUGAUGUUGACGGUGACGAGGAAGAAGUCGGAGCUGGUGGCUCCGGCGGGGGCGACGCCGUGCGGGUACAAGCUGCUAUCGGACAUAGACGACCAGGAGGGGCUUCGGUUUCAGAUCCCGGUGAUACAGUUCUACCGGAGAGAGGCGUCGAUGGGAGGGAGAGAUCCUGCGGAGGUGAUCCGGGAGGCGGUUGCGAAGGCGCUGGUGGCGUACCAUCCUCUGGCGGGCCGGCUGAGGGAAGGCGAGGGCCGGAAGCUGAUGGUGGAUUGCACCGGCGAAGGCGUGAUGUUCACGGAGGCCGACGCGGACGUCGACCUGGAGCAGUUCGGCGACGCGCUUCAGCCGCCGUUCCCCGGCUUGGAGCAGCUGAUCUACGAUGUGCCGGGCUCUGAACCUGUCCUUAACGCUCCUCUGCUGCUCAUUCAGGUGACCCGUCUGAGGUGCGGCGGCUUCAUAUUGGGUCUGCGCCUGAACCACACCAUCUGCGACGCCCAAGGACUGGUUCAGUUCAUGAUGGCGGUGGGCGAACUCGCUCGCGGAGCCGCCGCCCCGUCACUCCUUCCCGUCUGGGAGCGCCACCUCCUCAACUCCCGGCUGCCGCCGCGAGUCACCCGCGUCCACCGCGAGUACGACGUCGUCCCCGACACCAAGGGCACCAUCAUCCCCCUCGACCAAAUGGCGCACCGCUCCUUCUUCUUCGGCCCCGCCCAAGUCGCCGCCCUCCGUUCCCUCCUCCCCCCCAACCUUCAAACCCGCUCCACCUUCGAGCUCCUCACCGCCUGCCUCUGGCGCUCCCGCACCAUCGCCCUUAACCCCGAUCCCGAGGAAGAGGUCCGGAUCAUCUGUAUAGUCAAUGCUCGUGGGAAACUCCGGCGCCUCCUCCCCGACGGUUACUACGGCAACGCGUUCGCUUUCCCCGUGGCGGUUUCGACGGCGGGAGAGCUGUGCCGGAAGCCGCUGGCAUACGCGGUGGAACUGGUGGCGAAGGCGAAGGCGGACGUGACGGAGGAGUACAUGAGGUCGCUGGCGGACCUCAUGGUUGUGAGGGGGCGGCCGCAUUUCACGGUGGUGCGGAGCUUCUUGGUGUCGGACGUGACGCAUGCCGGCUUUGGGGAGGUGGAUUUCGGGUGGGGGAAGCCGGCGUACGGAGGGCCGGCGAAAGGCGGCGUCGGGGCGAUCCCCGGCGUGGCGAGCUUCUAUAUACCGUUCACGAACAAGAAGGGCGAGCGCGGGAUUGUGGUGCCGUUUUGCUUGCCGGGACCGGCCAUGAAAACGUUCGUGACUGAGCUUCAGGCCUUGUUGAGCUCCGGUCAGGAUAAGACCCCUAUGUUCCUCCGGUCGGCCAUGUGAAGCAGCCCAUCGGAACAAUUUGCAGGUUCAGUCCUAGUCCUUUGCUUAAUAAUGUUAAUGGGAAGACAGGAGUAGGAAGGUAUAAUUAAUAAGCAGUGUCAGUGUGUAUACCCCGCAACCCAUCCUUUUGUGUUUUCUUUGUAUGAAAUACAAUCUCUCUGCAAUUUUGUCUCCAAAUCAUUCAUGAUCAAAUAACUUAAUGCAUACUCAGUCCAUUUAGGAAGAUAAAACCAAGAAAGAACAAUACGGAGGGAGACAGCAGAGAGAGUAGCCACCAUCCAAUUUUGGACUCAUGUUGGACAGUGGAGUUGGAUUGGAUGGGGAUAUUAGUGGAGGUUGUGGCCAGGCAACUGGCCAUACGGUCAAUAGGCUCCACACAAAUUAUUAAAGGAUUUUGCUACUUGUCCAGUGCACGCUACAGACUACAGAAAAUAGAAGAUUACAAUUUUACUCUCUCCCUAAUUCUUAUGGCCGGCUUCAGCAAUUGUCUAUCACCGCCUUUUUUUGUGUGCGUCGACUAUCACUGUAUUUUUUUUCUUCACCUUAAAGGGGAAGAAUGCAACAAUGGUCGGCGCACAGCAGGGGAGCCGGCAAAAAGUGGUUGCUGGAAGUGCCCUAUUCCUACUCGGCCAUGUCGUACUGUGAGCCUGUGAAUUAGGCUUUGUUUGGCAAUGCAAUUUUCAGAGGCUUUGUUUGGCAACGCGGUUUGACAACUUAUAAGAUAUUAGUACAGCGUUUAAGUUGUAAAGUUUAUUUAAUAACCUGUAUGGAUUUAUCAAGAGCUUCAAAACUCCACAGCUUAAAUGUUUUUGUAUUAGCAUUUAAAGAAAGCUUUGGGCAAUAAUUUUUGUAGAAAAGCUUGUGAGAGCUUUUGUAGUUGACCAAAGAAAUGACUAUUUUGCCAUCUUCCAA